GAAUAAAAUAUUCCUAUUAAAAUCUAAAUUGGCAUCGUCAGCCUUGUCACAGCUUUUCUGUGGCAUUGGUAAUGUAAAAAAAAAAACCUUAAAAAGAAAUUUUUAGAUCAAAGUGUAAUAACUUAUGUUUGUAAACAUAUAAAAGUUAACAAAGUGACAAAAAUAUUUUUGACGAUACCAAAAUUGUAUUAAGUUAAAACAAUAUGCCUAAAAAUAAAGGAAAAGGAGGUAAAAAUCGUAGAAGGGGUAAGAAUGAAAAUGAAACGGAAAAACGUGAAUUGGUAUUCAAAGAAGAUGGACAAGAGUAUGCACAAGUAACAAAAAUGUUAGGAAAUGGUCGAUUAGAGGCCAUGUGUUUUGAUGGUAUCAAAAGGUUAUGUCAUAUUCGUGGAAAAUUACGAAAAAAAGUGUGGAUCAAUCAAGGUGAUAUUAUUUUGAUUGGAUUACGUGAUUAUCAAGAUGCAAAGGCGGAUGUUAUAUUAAAAUAUACACCAGAUGAGGCACGUAAUUUGAAAACUUAUGGUGAAUUCCCUGAAACUGUACGUAUCAAUGACACAGUCACCUUCGUCGAAGAUGGUUUAGAUGAAGAUAUUGAAUUCGGUGAUGAUAUUAGUUCAGCUGAUGAAGCCGAUCCAGUUGAUGGUAUCUGAUAUCCAUUAUCACAUCAAUUAUUUAAAUAUUUUUUGUCAAAUUUACAUUUCGAUGUAGCUUCUAGAUUAUUCGAUAUCUGUCUGUAUAAAUAUGUAUUAUAGUAAUAUUAUACAUAGAACUAUUCAGAAUUUUAUAUCAAUUUAUGCUUUAUAUACAAGAUUUUUCUCGAAAUCGAUAAUACGAACAUUCGAAAUGAUUUCUAUAACAUAAAACAGAUUUAGAAUAAUCUUGUUGUUAAAACAUAAAAAAUGUUAAUUUAUAAUAAUUCAGAUUUGAUUAUGUU